UUUGAGAAAAUGGAGAUUCCUUUAGUUGAACCAAACAACGAGGCAUGAUGACAAUGUGGUCACACUCACUCAAUAUAAGAACUCACAUUCAUCAUCACUCUUCAGUCUAAGUAGUCAGCACAGAAAAAAAGCACAUUUUGAUGUCACAUAAUCUGUUCCUAAUUUCUCUCUUGUCUUUUUUAAGGCCUCCACUCCCACCUCCUCUUCCCUUUUCUCCUCACUUCCUAAAAAACACAAUUCUUCUUCUUCAUCUUCUUCUCAUCAUGUAAAUUCUCAAGCUUGUCAGAAAAUGCUCCUGCAAGUUUCAAUUUUUCUCUUCUGGGGUGCCAAAGAUUUUCUGUUUUGCUGUUGGUUGAUGUGUUUUUUCAGGUGGGUUUGUAAAUUGGACGUUGUUGCAAAACGUUAGAUUUUCAUUCAUGGAGGCUGAGUUUGGGGGUAAGAAUCAGUACUUGUAUGGACCUGUGGUGUCAGGAAUGAAGAAAGCUGUUGGGAAUGGGAAGAGGAGUUUGGAAUGGGAUUUGAAUGAUUGGAAAUGGGAUGGUGAUCUUUUCACUGCUCAGCCUCUCAAUUCAGUGCCAUCAGACUGUAGGAGUCGCCAGUUUUUCCCACCACAUCCUGAAAUUCCUGCGAAAAAGGCCAAUCUUGCAAACGAUUUCUCUUCUUCUUUAAUCAACCCAGGUGAGGGAAAGAAGGAAUUGGAGAAAAGGAGGAGGCGUGUUAUAGGGGAAGGUGAAGGGGAGGGGAUGAAUGAUGAAGGUGGUUCUCUUAGUUUGAACCUUGGGGGUCACGGUUACCCUUUCAUGGUGGAAGGAGAGGAAAAAGGUGGAAAGAAGACAAAGGUAAUUGGGACUACUACUGCUUCUGCUACCACCUCUAACCGUGCUGUUUGUCAGGUGCAAGAUUGUACGGCUGAUCUUGGUAAUGCCAAGGAUUACCACCGUCGGCACAAGGUUUGCGAUGUUCAUUCUAAGGCCACUGUGGCACUAGUGGGAGAUGUUAUGCAACGUUUCUGUCAACAGUGUAGCAGGUUUCAUGUCCUUCAAGAGUUUGAUGAAGGGAAGAGAAGUUGUCGUAGGCGUCUGGCAGGCCAUAACAGGAGGAGGAGGAAAACUCAUCCCGAUGUUACUGUUGUUAAUGAAGGCUCUCAUAACAGUGGAAGGGGCAGUAGCUAUCUGUUGAUGAGUCUGUUACGGAUACUGACCAAUUUGCAUACAAAUGGCUCAGAUCAUACAAGGAACCAGGAUAUACUCUCUCAUCUUCUGAGGAACUUGGCAAGUCUGGCUGCUCCAAAUAAUGAUAGAACUUUAGCCUCUUUAUUGGAGAACUCUAAAGGUUUGUUAAAUGAUGGGACAUCUGGAGGUGCUCAUGAUGAACCCAACCUGCAUUCAAACACUCCUGAAGCUUCCAGACCGUCUGGUUCUUCCCUUCAGAUUGAUAAUGGCUUCAUCAGUCAGGAUCCUCCAAUAUCUAUGGCACAGUGUGAAACAAGGCCUACUAAUGGUGGAGUAGAAAAUUUGAGACCACCUUCAGGAGCACCAUUCUCAAGUAUAAGUCAAUCAAAGGGAAAUCUUCCAUGCCAAUUAACUGCUACUGAGACUACACUUAGAAGGAACAACUUAAACAACGUUGACCUGAAUAACGUAUACAGUGAUGUGCAGAAUACUGAUGAGAAUCAUAAGAAGCCUUAUCCUCAUGUAGCAUCAGAGGUGGGAUCUAGUGAUCUUCCCUCAUGGUUGCAAUGUGCUUCUCUCAAAUCAAGUGGAGAAGCUAAGAGUUGCACAGAUCGAAUUGUUUUUAAACUCUUUGGAAAGAAUCCAAGUAAUUUUCCCCUUCUUCUCCGUUCACAGAUUCUCAACUGGUUAUCCCACAGUCCCACAGAGAUAGAGAGCUAUAUAAGGCCAGGUUGUAUCAUAUUAACGAUAUAUCUUUGUCUUGAAAAAUCUGCAUGGGAAGAGCUCUGCUGUAAUCUAGGAUCCAGCUUGAGAAAGCUUCUUAGCUCGUCAAAUGAUACAUUUUGGAGAACAGGGUGGGUAUUUGCAAGGGUCCAGCACUCUGUGGCUUUUCUGUAUAACGGUCAGGUAGUCUUAGAUGUGCCCUUGUGUCUCAAAAGCUCACAUCAUUGUACGAUUUCAUGCAUUAAACCACUUGCUGUUCCUGCAAGUGCUAGGGCUCACUUUAUUGUGAAAGGUUGCAACCUUUCCCAGUCUAGUACAAGGUUGCUCUGUGCACUUGAAGGGAAGUAUGUGGUACAUGCUAGUUGUCAUGAUUUGAUUGGUGAAGAUGAGGAAUCCAUUCAGCAUCUCAACUUCUCUUGUCAUAUACCAGAUGUAACUGGGAGGGGUUUUAUUGAGGUGGAAGACCAUUGUCUUAGAAGCUGUUCCUUUCCAUUUAUAGUUGCAGAGAAAGAAGUCUGUUCAGAGAUCUGCAAGCUGGAGAAUGUGAUUGAGGCUGCUGAAACCACUAAUGAUUUCCAGAUUAAAAACCAACAAAUGGAAGAAAAGGCUCAAGCUCUUAAUUUCUUGCAAGAAAUGGGUUGGCUUCUUCAUAGAAGUCGUAUGAAAGUUAGGCUAGGUCCCAUGGCUCCUAUCCAUGAUCUCUUCCAAUUUAAUCGGUUCACGUGGCUAGUUGACUUCUCUAUGGACCAUGGUUGGUGUGCUGUGAUGAAAAAACUAUUGGAUAUUAUAUUUGAUGGGGGUGUUGAUACAGGAGAACAGGCCUCCAUUGAGCUUGCAUUGUUAGACUUGAGUCUUCUACACAAAGCUGUGAAGAGAAACAAUAGACCUAUGGUAGAACUACUAUUAAGAUUUGUGCCAGUUAAAACAUCAGAUGGUGCUGACAGUGAGGUGAAGCAAGUUGAAAAGGCCUCCGACAGAUUCUUAUUUAGACCUGAUACUGUUGGGCCAGCUGGAUUGACUCCUCUUCAUGUUGCAGCAACUAUGAGAGGCUCAGAGAACGUGUUGGAUGCAUUAACUGAUGAUCCAGGAAUGGUAGGAAUUGAAGUAUGGAAAAGUGCCCGAGAUAGUGCAGGUUUGACCCCUAACGACUAUGCAUGUCUUAGGGGCUAUUACUCUUACGUUCAACUUGUCGAGAGGAAGACCAAGAAAAAGGGUGAAAGACUACAUGUGGUUGAUAUCCCUGGCACUGUUGCAGACAGUGGUAUAAGAAAGCAGAAGCAAUCAGGUAAAGUUUCUAGUUUACAGACAGAGAAGAUUGAAACCACAGAAAUGGGAAGUAACUGCAGGGUGUGCCAGCAGAAGUUGGUUUAUGGUGGCAUAAGAACUGGUGUGGUUUAUAGGCCAGUCUUGCUGUCCAUGGUGGCCAUAGCAGCUGUGUGUGUCUGUGUGGCUUUGCUCUUCAAAAGCUCACCUAGAGUUUACUAUGUCUUCCAGCCUUUCAACUGGGAAUCAUUGGAGUAUGGAACAAUAUAGUGCUGUUUUCCUGCUGUAGCUGCACCUUUUUUUAGUUUACAAGUGAAAGUCUUAGAUUUUGAGUAUAUACAGUAUACUCAGUAUAUAUAUAUAUAUAUAUAUAUAUAUAUAAAGGUUGAAGCUUCACAUGUUGUGAACAGAAUCUUGAUCAUGCAACCUGUUAAAUAUGUGGCUAACGCUAUGUUAACAUUGUGUGGAAUGAAAGGGAUAAACAGGCAAACAAACAGACAUACUUGUAUGAACAUAAACUUAAACAAACAAACAAUCUAAGGGAUGAUCAUAGAAGAACAGUGUAUGAAUCUCAA